UCCGUCAUGGCGACAGUCGUGCAGCCUCUCAGCCUGGAACGCGACGUGGCGAGGGCGAUCGAGCUGUUGGAGAAGCUGCAGGAAUCAGGUGAUGUUCCAGGUCACAAGCUGCAGUCACUGAAGAAGGUUCUGCAGAGUGAAUUCUGUACAGCCAUCCGAGAGGUCUACCAGUACAUGCACGAGACAAUAACAGUGAACGGCUGUCCAGAGUAUCAGGCUCGAGCCACAGCAAAAGCAACGGUGGCAGCUUUCGCUGCGAGUGAAGGCCACUCCCACCCGCGAGUGGUGGAACUACCAAAAACCGAUGAGGGGCUGGGUUUCAAUGUGAUGGGCGGGAAAGAGCAGAACUCCCCAAUCUAUAUCUCCCGCAUCAUCCCAGGGGGCGUGGCCGAGAGACACGGAGGCUUAAAAAGGGGCGAUCAGCUGCUGUCUGUCAAUGGAGUGAGUGUGGAAGGCGAGCACCAUGAGAAAGCAGUGGAGCUGCUGAAGGCGGCCGAGGGUAGCGUGAAGCUGGUGGUGCGUUAUACACCGAAAGUGCUGGAGGAGAUGGAGGCUCGGUUCGAGAAGCUCCGUUCGGCCCGACGCCGCCAACAGCAGCAGCUCCUCAUUCAGCAACAGCAACAACAACAGAACCUCAACACUCAACAGAACCACACGGCGUAGGUUGUUCCAGAAGAAGAAAAAGUAAAUGACACACCACAAGCUUUAUUUGAACUUCACAAUCUGCAGACGAGGGUCACGCUCUUUUCCAGCGAAGACCACUCCCCCUCGUUUUAGUGUACUACCUACAGUUUGACAACAUCCUGAUCGUAGACACCAGUGCUCGCUACAAGUACACACAGCUGCAGAACUAUGAAAGCGAGCACAGCGUAACUUUCACGUCUCCUUUUUCCCACCAGUCAUGACCUGUUCCAAAGAAAACAUCCCGCUUGUAGUUUGAUUCGUGCUUUAAUUUGUGUUUUUAAACCAGUCUCUUGUUUAGUCGCCACUUUCUAUGCUAAUUUAUUAACAGACUCUUCUGGUGCUUGUGUCUGUGAGAAAGAAAAUAGCGUCUUAUGUCGUCUUUUACUGGAUAAAAGUGAGGUAUUUUAUACCGUAUUGUAGCAAAAAAAAAUUUUAUAUGAAAAAGUGUAGAUUUAGCAAUAAAUACUUCAGUUGGUUUUCAAAACAUUAUAAGAAUUCUGUGCAAAUUCUAUUUAACACCAAACGCAAGUUUCUGAGAAAGGAGCGGGC